UCAGCCAGCGUCUUGGUCAUGGAGGACUGCAACGUGCACUCGGCUGCCAGCAUCCUGGCCUCAGUGAAGGAGCAGGAGGCCCGCUUCGAGCGGCUGACACGGGCAUUGGAGCAGGAACGGCGCCAUGUUGCCCUGCAGCUGGAGCGUGCCCAGCAGCCUGGCAUGGGCAGCAGUGGCGUGGGCAGUGGGCAGCCCUUGUCGAUGGCCUGGCAACAACUUGUCCUGCAGGAGCAGAGCCCGGGCAGCCAGGCCUCUCUGGCCAUGAUGCCGGAGGCGCCUGAGGUGCUGGAGGAGACAGUGACGGUGGAGGAGGACCCUGGCACCCCCACCUCCCAUGUGUCCAUCAUCACGUCAGAAGAUGGCACCACUCGUCGCACUGAGACCAAGGUCACCAAGACAGUUAAGACAGUGACCACUCGAACAGUGCGCCAGGUGCCCGUGGGCCCCGAUGGCCUCCCUCUGCUGGAUGGCGGCCACCCACUGGGCCCCUUCACCGACGGCCCGCUGGACCGACACUUCCUGCUGCGCGGGGGUGGCCCGGCGGCCACGCUCUCCCGCACCUGCCUUGGCAGCGGGGGCGGCUUUCCUGAUGAGCCCCGCGACAUCCCCAGCUAUGGCAGCCUGUCCCGCGGACUGGGUGUGCGGCCCCCGCGUGGAGGCCUCCUGGGCCCAGGCCCCGGUGAUGGCUGCUUCACGCUGCCCAGCCGCCGGGAGGCCUUCCCCACAGGCCCUGAGCCUGGGCCGCCAGCCGGCCGCUCCCAGCCCGAGCGGUUCCAGGCAGAGCCGUAUGGCUUGGAGGACGACACUCGCAGCCUGGCUGCUGAGGACGAGGGGGGCCCGGAGCUGGAGCCUGACUGUGGCACAGCCGCGCGGAGGAGGCCAGACUGUGGGCGGGGCCUGCGCACCAGGGCCUACGAGGACGUGGCGGACGAUGGCGGUGAGCUGAUGGAGGAGCGGCCCCCCUUCCCGGCCACGGCGGCGCCUCUGGCCCAGCCGGAACAUGGCAGCCUGGGCAGCCUGGACCGGGCAGUGCGGCGCUCGCCCUCGGUGGACAGUGCCCGCAAGGAGCCGCGCUGGCGGGACCCCGAGCUGCCCGAGGUGCUGGCCAUGCUGCGGCACCCCGUGGACCCCGUGAAGGCCAACGCAGCCGCCUACCUGCAGCACCUGUGCUUCGAGAACGAGGGUGUCAAGCGCCGCGUGCGGCAGCUGCGGGGGCUGCCGCUGCUUGUGGCCCUACUGGACCACCCGCGGGCGGAGGUGCGGCGCCGGGCCUGUGGGGCGCUGCGGAACCUCUCGUAUGGCCGGGAUGCUGACAACAAGGCCGCCAUCCGGGACUGUGGCGGUGUGCCUGCCCUGGUGCGCCUCCUUCGGGCCGCCCGGGACAGCGAGGUCCGUGAGCUCGUCACAGGCACACUCUGGAACCUGUCGUCCUACGAACCCCUGAAGAUGGUCAUCAUUGACCACGGCCUGCAGACGCUGACCCACGAGGUCAUUGUGCCGCACUCGGGCUGGGAGCCAGAGCCCAACGAGGACUCCAAGCCACGGGAUGCUGAGUGGACGACUGUCUUCAAGAACACAUCAGGCUGCUUGAGGAAUGUGAGCUCAGAUGGUGCAGAGGCCCGGCGGCGACUCCGUGAGUGUGAGGGGCUGGUGGACGCACUCCUGCACGCCCUGCAGUCGGCCGUGGGCAGGAAGGACACGGACAACAAGUCGGUGGAGAACUGCGUGUGCAUCGUGCGGAACCUCUCCUACCACGUGCACAAGGAGGUGCCGGGGGCCGACAGGUACCAGGAGGCCGAGCCCAGGCUCCCGGGCAGUGCCAUGGGCGCCCAGCGCCGGAGGAGGGAGGAUGCCGGCUGCUUUGGUGGCAAGAAGGCCAAAGAAGAGUGGUUCCAUGAAGGGAAGAGGGAUGGUGAGAUGGACCGGAACUUUGACACUCUGGACCUACCCAAGCGGACUGAGGCUGCCAAAGGCUUCGAGCUGCUGUACCAGCCCGAGGUAGUGCGUCUUUACCUGUCCCUCCUGACGGAGAGUCGGAACUUCAACACUCUGGAGGCCGCGGCCGGUGCCCUGCAGAACCUCAGUGCCGGCAACUGGGUGUGGGCCACGUACAUCCGCGCCACGGUGCGCAAGGAGCGCGGGCUGCCGGUGCUGGUGGAGCUGCUGCAGUCGGAGACCGACAAGGUGGUGCGCGCCGUCGCCAUCGCCCUGCGCAACCUCUCGCUGGACCGGCGCAACAAGGACCUCAUUGGGAGCUACGCGAUGGCCGAGCUCGUGCGAAACGUGCGCAGCGCGCAGGCACCCAUGCGACCCGGGGCCUGUCUCGAGGAGGACACAGUGGUGGCCGUGCUCAACACCAUCCACGAGAUUGUGUCUGACAGCCUGGACAACGCGCGCUCGCUGCUGCAGGCCCGCGGUGUGCCUGCGCUGGUGGCACUUGGCACCUCCAGGUGGGUGGGGUGGGGCCUAGGUGGGGGCAGAGCAGGGCAGUCUUGGCCAGACACUGACCCCAGCCCGGACCGCAGCCAAUCGGUGCGCGAGGCAAAGGCCGCAUCCCACGUGCUGCAGACGGUGUGGAGUUACAAGGAGCUGCGUGGUGCCCUGCAGAGGGACGGCUGGACCAAGGCGCGCUUCCAGUCGGGUUCUGCUAAUGCCAAGGGCCCCAAGGCACCACCGAGUCCUGGAGGCUUGGACGAUAGCACGCUGCCGCUGGUGGACAAGAGCCUGGACGGCGAGAAGUCAGGCAGCCGAGACGUGAUCCCCAUGGAGGCACUUGGCCCAGAUGGAUACUCCACCGUUGACCGGAGGGAGUGCAGGGCUCGAGGCAGUGACCCUGCAGGGGAGGCCUCUGAGAAGGAGUCGUUGAAACCCGACCCCGGCAGGAAGGCUCCUCCUCCCGGGCCCAGCAGACCCGCGGUCAGGCUGGUGGACGCCGUGGGGGAUGCUAAGCCUCAGCCUGUUGACUCCUGGGUCUAGCUUGCAUGCCUGGGCCUGGGCCCAGCCGUUUGCUCUUAGGGUCUGAUCUCGGAAGAAGGGACCUCGGGAAAGGACCUCCAGGCGGCCUGCGCUGACCCCGCCGUGGAGCUGGGAGCCCCUGGCGGCGGGGGUAGGCAGCUCCUCUUUCCCUGGAGCUGUGGGUUCUGGACACGCCUGCCCUCCCGCCCUCUCUCCCCCCUUCUAACUCCCGGGCGAGUUAGUUUACUGAUAUGGUGCUGUGUGCCAGUGAGAGCCCGGCAGGGCCCAGGGCAGGGCACCCGGCUUUGCUUUGGGGCUGGCGGGGCCCCUGAGGAGCUGGGUGGGGGUGGGGCCCUGGGGCCCCGCAGCCAGGCAGGGAGGGGGCUCAGUGAAGGGAGUCUGAACCCAAGGGUGGAGGGGCUUCCCUGGGCCCUGAGUUGGGGGCGACCCACAGAGAGGCUUUGGAGGGUCCCGCCCACCCCCGGAUGCCUGGAGCGCCUUCCCUGCUCGGCUCUGGCCCCUGAGUAGCGCCUCUGGGACUGACCUUUGGCAGCAGCAGUGGGGGACUGCUGUUCAGUGCCUGCUGUUUGUGACUUAAAAACAAGAAAAACACUAAUGAAAACAAUUAAAAACAAAACCAAAAUAA